CACAAAACCCUUUCAGCUUGGCUAAGCUUCAGCAAGGGGAGGAUCAGUGUUACAAAAUGGGCCAGGCAGGAGGCAGCUUGUGGUUCAGGUGAACACUCCUCUGAUUUUAUUUAACACGACUCCAGCAAUCUGUGUCAGCAAUAAGCUUGUAAUUGUUUACACCCAAGGAGCUCCUGCAUUUACCAGGAGAGAAAUAGAGAAGACGGUAUGAGGGGAAUAUGAGAAGGCAUCCAUGUUGAAAUAAACACAAGACAUUGGCUCAAUGACUUAUGUUGGACAAAGGGUUCCUUUGCAAGGAAACGGCAGUAGAGAAAUACUGGCAUUGUCACCGGCAAGACUGUGACUCACAGCCCAAGGCAUUACUUUAAUUUACAAUAGAUGCCGUGAUGAGCAAAUGAAAGGAGGACAAAAACAGGAUGAGGAGAAGUGAGGAACGAAAAGAGCCAGUUGCUCCUCUAAAGAGCUGCCGUCUACAGCAGGCCAUUGAGUAAAAUGAAGUCGACAAGCUUUAUCAGAUGAGAAGCCCUCAGAGACCAAGUUAAAGGCAUCCAACCCUCUGCGGGAAACUGAGUAAAACGUUUCACCAGCACCGAAAACACAGACGCUCCGCUAGAUUGAGGGAGAUACACAAACAGCGACUGACGUGCUCUCUCCCGAGCUGAAUGAAGGCGGUGCAAUGGAGGAAUAAGUGAGGGACGGUGAAAAGAGAGCAACGAAAGAAUGAAGACAACUGGAAAGCGAACACUUCUUGUCAUCAGCUGUUGUUGUUUCAAUUAAUACACUCCAAACGGACAGCAUGAUCAUCAGGAGCCUGCAAAUAUUGGUGUUCCUCUGUUUUUUAAGAGGAGCCUAUGUCACGAAGAUCAUUCGGAGAAGGGGAGUGAGCUCGACUCACGUUCAGCACACAGCAAAUGGAGCCACUGACCAAUGGGAUACAAGUUUGGAGAGGAACGUAAACGCAAUGGCAAGACUCAAAGAACUGAUCAGUCCUGAAGAAGCUGAAGAGCAGAUCCCAGCUCACCAGAGCCACGGAGCUUCUCCGGUAUUCACCAAGGAAAGCUUUGUUGGGUUUAAUUCCAAACAACCUGCACAAAUAAACGAAGACACGGAUCAAUUGGAUAUAAAAGUAUUACAACCACCUAUUGAAGACAUUUUAGAGUUAAAAAGGAGCAGGAAUUACACAAAGAAAGGUGGAAGGCUUGACAAAUGGAUCCCGGUGCACCACAGGACAACCUCCGGCUUGCAUUUCAACAGAACCAGAAUCAAAAUCCCUUCAAGAUCCAGAUUGACUUCAAAUGUUGCCAUUCACACUACAGUGGGGACAAAGGUAGUCACUCCAGAUUCGCCUCGAAAACUGAAUCUUACUGGAAGCCUGUUAAAAGUAAUAUCCAAAGAAAACCUUGUGCGGAUUGUAAAUUCCCAGCUACAGAGUGUGCCAGGCUUGAAUAUCCCAGGUAAAAUGGGUCACAGUAGAAAAAGAGAUUUGAUCAAUAUGGAUCACAGCCAGAUGGAUGCGCUGAAAAUAAAAAAGCAAAACCGCUCAGGCAAUCCUGAACUUUCUAAGCCAGACAACCAGACUGCAGAGCUACAGUCAAGCUCUUUUACUAAUGCCAGUCUAAAUCCAGAACAGACCGUUCACACGCUCUUUAAACAAUUCGGAGGGUUCAGUAUGGAUCUAAAUGAGGAGGACAGAAAAGCAGAGGUGAAAAGUGCAGCAGGCACCGCAUCCUGGAAGUACAAACACUUCACGACUCAUGUAGCUUCAACUCCUCAAAGCGAGAUCAUGACCAGCACCGAGACCAAUCCGCUGGCUGGUCAAAGUGAUACGGGCAUAUCACACACUCCGUCUCAGCUUGACUCUGGACAUCGACCUGACGCUUUCAGCUCACUGACUGAAAGGAAUCCUGACGUUAAAGGGGAAGCUGAUCAGAGUGUUCAUAUGGCAGUCGCUGUCACUCAGAAUCCACUGAUUAAAAUUUCAGAGCCCAUUGACAGCAGUCACAUCCUAAAACUCCCACCCGAUCCGGAAUGGGGAAGGAAGGAGUUGGAGGAGAGCAGAGAGAUGUCUGUUGACUCUCGCUCCAGUAGAGGUGGUAGAGGCCUUGUUUUUCAGGAAAUGGAGGAGGAUGAAGAUGAAGAUGAGGCAUGGAGUCAACCGAAAGGGGAAAUCUCUCGAUCUAGAAGUCGACGGAGUUGGAUCUGGAACCAGUUCUUUGUCAUUGAGGAGUAUGCAGGUCCUGAACCAGUCCUCAUCGGAAGACUUCACACUGACAUGGACAGAGGUGAUGGACGCACUAAGUACGUGCUGCGGGGCGAGGGGGCGGGGUCAGUGUUCGUGAUUGACGAGAAGACUGGCAACAUCCACGUAACCAAGCCCUUGGACCGGGAGGAGAAGGACGAAUACCGGCUGAUUGCCACAGCAACAGACAGUCAGACAGAGCGAGCCCUGGAGCCCUCCUCCCAGUUCAUCAUUAGAGUGCAAGAUAUCAACGACAACCCACCUGUCUUCGAGGAAGGACCCUACAGCGCCACAGUCCCCGAGAUGGCCAAUAUAGGGACGUCCAUCAUCCAGGUGACGGCAUCAGAUGCAGACGAUCCCACGUAUGGGAACAGCGCACGGCUGGUGUAUACGUUGGUUCAGGGACAGCCACACUUCUCUGUGGAUCCUCAGACAGGCAUCCUGCGCACUGCCGUUCCAGAUCUGGAUAGGGAAGCGCAGGAUCAGUAUCUGGUGGUUCUGCAAGCUAAAGACAUGGGUGGCCAUCUUGGAGGCCUGUCAGGAACGACUACGGUUACUGUACGAUUGACGGACGUCAACGACAACCCUCCGCGCUUUGUGCAGAGUUCCUGGCUGUUCUCUGUGUCUGAGUUGGCUGUGCCAGGGGCGGAGGUGGGUCGGAUCUCAGCAACAGAUGCUGACUUGGGUGAGAACGCCAAACUGGAGUACACCAUCCUAGAUGGAGAGUCAGGAGACACCUUUAACAUCUCUGGAGCCAACCAGGAGGCCGUGAUUAUUCUGAACAAGGCAGUGGACUAUGAGAGCCGCAGCUCUUACUCUUUCUCAGUGGAGGUGCUGAACCCCAUUGUGGACCCUCGAUUUCUGCGACGUGGGCCCUUUAAAGACAGGGCCUCCAUUAGAGUAGCUGUGCUGGAUGCAGACGAGCCUCCUCGCUUCUCACGCGCUCGAUACCGUAUGGACGUGUCUGAAAACUGUCCACCGGCCUGCACAGUUGGCCGCAUCAGUGCUGUGGAUCCAGACACGGGGCUUACAAACAAUAUCAGGUUCUCCAUCGAUCCUCAGUCUGACCCAGAAGCUCUGUUUCGCAUCACUCCAGACACAGGACUCAUCACUACAGUCACCGAGCUGGACCGUGAGCAUGAGCAGUGGCACAAUAUCACCAUCAUCGCCACACAGAGAGAUAACCCCAGCCAGGUGUCCAGAGUGGUGGUUGCAGUAGAAACCCUGGAUUUAAAUGACAACGCUCCAGAGCUGGACAGGCAAUACAACACUGCAAUGUGCGACUCUGCUUCCACCGGACAGGUGGUGCAGGUGUUGCGGGCGAUUGAUAGAGACGAGGGGGGAAAUGACAGCGCCGUCCAUUUCAACAUCCCUCCGGACUCCAACGCUGCCCUCAACUUCAGCAUCAGGGAGAGUGGAGGCCCCACUGCUAGCUUGGUGCUGGCAUCACCUUUGCAGACUCUGUCUCGCUCUACUUCAUCCUCGAUCACCCUUUAUGUCCCGCUGGUAUUAAGGGACGGGCUUUCUGGUUUGACCAGCACGGGGACAGUGACGGUGUCUGUGUGUCCCUGUCUGAGGGGCGGAGCACGGGCUGGAGAGAAGGAGAAGCAGAGUGAGGCAGAGUGGGACCGGGAGACGGUUUGUUUGCCCCAGCACUCCUCCUUACCCUCUCCUGGACUCAGCACUGCCGCCCUGCUGGCCAUUUUAGCCUGUGUGGCCACUCUUUUGGCUGUCAGUGCUCUGUCUUUGUCUCUGCGCCGGCAGAAACGGGACUCGCUCUCGCCUUUAGAAGAGGAUGAUGUUAGAGAGAACAUCAUUACAUAUGACGAUGAAGGCGGUGGUGAGGCGGAUACGGCUGCGUUUGACAUCACAGCUCUUCAGAGCGCCCCGCACAGCACACGCAGAGGGUAUCGCACGCUGGACAGCAGGAACAUACGUUAUUCACAACACGUUCAGGAGAAGGCUCGAGCCUAUAGCAGCUGGGCUCAGGCUGGAGCUCUGGACCCUGGACAGUACGCCAGUCAAGGGGCUCCUCUAUAUGGCCGCUUUUGCUAUAGCAGCCACACCCUGCCAGUGCUUCGCCGCUCACAGGGCCCCUACGAGCCUGGUUUAACCGAACUGGCCUACCGCCUCCCUGGGAAUCAACCGGACCACUCUCUAGUCAUUCAAAACCAGGCGGCUGUAGUUGGCCCUCUGGAGCCGGGAGCCAUUUACAUGCCAACCACAGAGGCCGGUCUUGGUUCUAAAGAAGGGACAGCGUCUCAGGAUGGAGCAACCGCAUCUGACGGAGGAACGCCAAGGAAAAACGAGCCAAAGGACGCCGUAAGCAGUGAUGCCCAGCAGAGUCAGAGCCAAGGCCAGGAUCUGGAUUGGAAGAAUAAACUCAUCCUUACCUCCCGCUCUAACCCUCCUGCUCCUCCCCGUCCCCUACAGGUCCAGCCGGACACGGGUGCUCGCGACCGAGAGCUGGUUUUGACCCGUUCUGGCUCUAUCGCUGGGCCAGGCACAACCAGCGGGUGGGUAUGCGACUCCGCCACGCUCCCCCGAGCAGGACGCCACUCCUCACGGGGCAGUAUAUCCAUAAAUAGGAGCACCGCAGCACCUUCUGAGUCUAACCACAAUGGGGUGGCAGACACAGCUAACGGGAGCAACGAAAUGCAGUCUGUUAGUGCAAAUUACGCCACCAUCCUCCAGGGGGAGCAACAGAGAGACUACCCCGGAACUUUGGGACGGGGUGGGCUGGAGAUGGGCAGUGGGUUCGUGGUGGGUCGACCAGAGAGAGAAGCCAGCAUUCCACUAAGCACCGGGAUGUAUCCAGAGGGUGGCGGGUUCAUAGGAGACUGGCAUGAAAGGGUGGGGAUAACUGGGUAUCCGUUAGGAAGGAGGGAUAUGACGCCUCAGCUCCUUCCAUAUCCCGGUCAGGGCAGGGGGGCAUUUGGCAGCAUUUUAGGGUAUGGCGGAGCAUGGCCCCCACCACCUGAUGCAUCAGGAAGAGGGGCACCAGUCGGAGGAGCCCAAUCCCUUGCCCUGAGGGUUGGCGAGUUCCUACGUUUGCGAUUGGCGCAGGUGACCUUUGAUCCCUCCCAGCCACCAUACGACUCGGUGCAGGUGUAUGGGCUGGAGGGCACAGGCUCCCGCGCCGGGUCUCUCAGCUCCCUGGACAGCGAGGGUGGCAAAGAUGCCGAGAAGGACGUCUGGGGAGCAGGUCUAGAAGAUUGGGGCCCACAGUUCCAGAAAUUAGCCCAGCUUUUCAGAGAAAGGGAGAAGGAGAGCGGAGAAGAUAAAGAAGGAGAUGUGGAGGCCAGCAAAAAGCACAAGGAAAGCGACUGGGAAGAGAAGGACGAGCAGUCUGGAGACGAGGAGCAGGCCAAUGUCUGAGAGAAAGAGAAAGAGAGAUGGAGAAGGGCUGGGUGGGACAGUGAUUAAAAGGAAACAAGAGGCGGAAUAAUGAAAAGUGAAGGGUAAGGAGGGAGAGACGAAGAGGAAAGGUAAUAAGGGAAGACAAGGAAAAAUGAACAGAGAGAGCAGAGGCAGUGGAGAGAGUGAUUGAUGCAAUUUGAAGCAAUAAGUGCGGAAAAGCUGACGUGUGAGCACAGUGUUUCUUUAGCCAGCAUUUAACAUUCCGUGAGUGUGUUUGGCGGUGAGCGAAAAGCAAAGUUCACUGUAUACCAGAUCACAUUAAAUUACGACAGAGGAAGAGAGAAAUUUGAACUUUUGGAUAUUUGUGACGAGCUAGACAAUGGUGCCACGGGGGAGGAGUGAGAAACGCUAGGCCGGAAUAACACAGAUGAAAAGUUGCGGCAACACAUGAGGGAGUUGGGAAAUUAAUAUUUGUACAGAAAUUGUUUAUACAUUCACAAAAGCAAGAGAACUGAAUUAUUCAAAAGAAAGCACUGAAUAUUACAGUAAAGUCCUGAAUAAGUGUCUGCACAAAGAUUCUUGGUGUUUACACAUACACACAGACAAAACAAACACACAUCAAUUUUAAACCCUGCUUGGAAAUUCUGCUUCGUGGAUGUCUACUUGUCAGGGUUCAAAAUGACUCACAUUUUUUGCCAAGAACAGAUUGUAUACAAAGUUGUCCAAGAAAAAAAAAAA